AAACCUUCACAGAAGUUUCAGUCUUCAUUCUUUAAACACUCAAAGUAAAGUUGUUUUGUUACUCACAGCCUGCUGUUGCCUGUUUCCUUUUCACGAGGGUUGGAUGUUUUCCUCCUCAGUCACAUUCACAAUGAUCUGGAACUUUCAAAAUCUCGAGCAUGUCUGCUAUUUUCAGGGAAUGUUGUGUCCACUUUUCAAAGUCUUGUGUUCCAAGUCAGUUUGUCUUCAGUGCCUCUGCCUUCUUUUCUUUGUAAUCUCCAUUUUCACCUUUUAUCAUUUACAUUUUGCAACAUUUCCAUCCCUCUUCCUUAAUGCAGUCUUUCAUCUUUGCCUCCGGCGUCUCUCACAUCAUGCACAGUCUCUUCCUGUUUUUCAUCCUUUCAGUGUUCCUGCCGGCGGACACGGCCCACUCUGUGCUGCGGCGGCUGCGCAGGGCUAACUUCAUGCUGGAGGAGCUGAAGCAGGGCAAUAUCCAGAGGGAAUGCCGUGAGGAGAUCUGUACCUACGAGGAGGCCCGCGAGGCCUUUGAGAAUGAUGAAAAGACGAGGCGGUUCUGGGAGGAAUAUGUCCGUGAGAGUAGUCCGUCUGGAGGGCUGGAGACCGUGGUGGGUGGAGUCCACUCUCUCUACUUGAUCGUGCCGCUGCUGCUGAUCUUGUUCAUCAUCGCCACCGUCGGCAUCACGGUCUGGCGCUGCCACUCCCGCAAACGCUCUCGACGCAGCCCCAGCUUGGGACACUCUUCUCAUCACGACCACGUCCUGUCGGUAGUCUCUAUGGACCAUUGGGGGAGAGAUUACCACCACGGUGACCAAUCAGAACUCAGCGGCCACAGCAGCCCAGUUUAUCCAGGCUCGGAGAUCACAUCAGUCAGAGGAAGUGCUGGAGACCCACCGCCCUCAUACGAAGAGGCUGUAGGUCAUACGGAUGUGCAGAUCGAGACGGAGCCGCCUCCACAGUACGAGGACAUAGUCACCACCACCACCACCACCACCAGCAGCAGUAGCGUCACUGGCCAUGGGACGUAAACCUGCCUUUCGCCAACGCUCUAACAAAAGCCCCGAGUUCCACUAAGAUCUCAUCAUGUAGCAAUUCUACUCUUGUGAUGUCACCAGCCUUCCUUAUCCCACACAAACAAGAAACAGUAACAACUGUACUGUGGAAUAAUGCAAUAUUUGCAUGAGUCAGCGCUGCUGAAUUUUGCACUAACCUUUAUUUAGUGAGGUGAUGUGAUGGCAGGAACGAUCAAAUGACCGCAGCACCGAUACCGAGCGACAAUUCUACUGAAUUUUCUGGCAGUGAAUCAGUGGUCCAAUUCAGACCUGGUAUUACAGAUCUGUUCUGAGUGAUCCCAGUGUUAAAGUACAGGAGCAGCUGUUCCCACCUGGCUUUGAAACGUGUCCCAGUUUUGCUUCUGUGACCACGUGAGGAUCUGGAGCUGGCCUCCCUCGCUCUGUUGGCAAAGACAACAAAACUAUAGUUUAAAGCCCUUCUAAUGCAAACAGAAUAAGGUUUUAACAUUUGUUUGUGUGUAUUUACUGCACCAUGUGAGUGCAGUUAGCCUAGCACAGUGCUAACCCAACCCAUUGUGCGAGCAGCUAGAUGUAAAACCAAAGAGUGGGAACGACUGGCUGACUUGUUUGUAGUGGAAAAGAAUAGAAACCAUAAUUACCUGCUUUUCAGUGGUGUAACGUUAGAGGACUGUCGAGUAGAACGGCAUGAAAUUGUGUGAUUAGUGUCUGUUCCCACAGUUCUUCUAAUUCAGAGAGGCGUAGCCUUAACGCUGUUCUCAUAUGAAAUGACAAUUGAACAAGAAUUACAAAAAGAGGUCACGUGGUCAACAGUUGCAGUCACACGUGAUCGGAUCACUCAGGAUGGACUCUCCGUAGAACCAGGUCUGAAGCUGUUCCACCCGUCACUCUAUGGUUUAUGUUGCAAAUCCCUUAACUACGCAAACAAACCAAAUGUUGCGUUCAACUGAAGGAUAAACCCGUUAGGUCUGUUAUUGGCCACAGGGGUUGGACCAGUGCUUUAUUAUUGGCUAAAAUCUUUGCACCAUAGACACUUGACGUAAGCUUCUGCUGCGCUCUGUUAAAUGUUUGAAUCAUUUCUUCCACUGAUAGACCUUAGUCUUCAUCUUGACAUGGUCUUGCAUAUGCAACAUUUAUUAUUUUCAUGGCUGACACAUGCACUUAGGAACGCCAUUGAGCAGCAAAUGAAGCUGAUUAGAUGAACGUAUUCUAAACACAGUUACUGCUGUUUAUUUUAGAUGCAUUAGACCAGAAAAUAAAGCACUGGCCCAACGUUAGUUCACUCGAAUGUUUCUGUGAAGGUCACAGAUUCUAUACGAGCUGCUAAAUUACAUAUCUGAAUGUGAGCUUUUUAUUUUAGUAAUGCAUGCAGCUCGUUCUGAACACUAAAUGUUGGCCACCUCUUGUUUAAUGCUCCCUGGUUCUCGUCCAGGUCAGGGCCGCUGAUGGUUGCUCAGAACCUGCUUUAACUGUGAAAAAAAAAAAAAAACUCUGCUUAAGCAUCUGUAAGUGUGUUAAAUGUGCUGCUUAUAGUUGUUUGCUGUGGUAUUUUUUUUGUUGAAAGCACACCAAGGAUUCUUUAAAUAGGUUUGCAGCUCAGUGUUAAUUUUGAAGUGACUUGCACAGAAAUACGGGACAGGAGGCAAUAGAGACAAACUUACAGGGGGGGGGGGGUGAGAGUAGGAGGAGCUAAGCUGGUGAAGUGUCACCGUAGAUGGACAGAGUCUAUGUUCAGUUGUAAAGUAGCUGUGUAUAAAUAUGUACAGUGUGUGUAUAAUAAUGAGAUUGAUUAUACCUGAUAGGAAACUCAGUGAUACUAAAUGGACGUACGUAGUUGCCAAGUUGUGAAUCUAAGACGGCACUUUGUGUUUAAAAAGGUGAUGAUUGACAGGUUCAGAGCGACCUGAAGAGCAGCAGCGUAAUCCUGUGGAAGAAGACGAGUUCACAAUCUUUAUGCAAUUGAAGCCAAAUGCUUAUCACAGCCUCUGACGUUGACUGACAAAAAUGUCACAUUACACCUCAGAAACUUCCGCACUGGUUAGUUCUCUUUUUGAGUUGAACCUCAGCACUUGCUUCGACCUUGAACUGAGGUGUGAAAGGUGUUUCAGUUUGGUCAGAAGAACUAUUACUUACAGAGCCCUGUUUUUACAAUGCCUUAUCAAAACGACAAAAUGUUAUACUUUAAAGCAAAAGAACUUGUUACAAGUCAUUAUCUGCAAAUGCUUGAAUUAAUUUGUAAUAAAACAUUAUAAAAU